AUAUCGAUAGCAAUCGAUUCUGUUACACAUAGUGCGCCUUUUUUUCGCAAACUUAAUGCAAAAUUAAUUUUGCCAUGCAGCGUGGUAUAGACACGUUCUUCCACCGCAUGCCCGGCAAGAAGACCAGCGAAGAGGCUGCGACACCAUCACCGGCACCCAAGAAACGCAAGGCGCUCGCCAUUUCAAGCGACGAGGACGAAGUGCCCGCCAGUCCCCAGGUGAGCAAGCACGGCAAGGAGCUGAAGAAGUCCCGGCGAGCGUUGGAAACAAAAUCGCCGCGCAACGACAAUGGCUAUGCCGCUAAAAAGCCAUCGCUUGCGAAGCUCAAAGAUACGCCAAAGCCGCGCCAGAAAGUGAAUCCCACUGAGCUGUUUGGUGGCGAAACUCGACGCGUGGAGGCGCCCAAGCCGAAGGAGCGUAGUAUCGUUGAGAUGGAGGAUGAGGCCAUCGAUCGCAGUCUGAUGGAGGUGGAUCUCGAUAAUCCACUGCCCGCUGUGACCAUCUCUAAGCCCAGUCCGGAGCCGAGUCGCAAGCGUGCCAACGCCAGCAGUCCGAAGCCCAAAACGACACCGAAGACGUCCACGCCACAUGUCAAAAAGGUGAAGCCGUCUGCGGAUUUGGAGAGCAGCGUGUUGAGCGAUGAGGAACGGCACGAACGGAAGCGGAUGGCAGCUGUGCUCUAUCAGAAGUACAAAAAUCGCAGCAGCUGCCUGAAUCCGGGCAGCAAGGAGAUACCCAAAGGUGCACCCGAUUGCCUGAAGGGUUUAACAUUUUUGGUCACCGGUAUACUCGAGUCUAUGGAGCGGGAUGAAGCCGCUUCGGUCAUUAAGGAGUUUGGUGGUCGGAUCAUGACUGUGGUGGGUAAGAAGCUCAACUAUCUGGUGGUCGGCGAGGAGGCGGGACCCAAGAAAUUGGCGCAGGCCGAGGAGCACAAUGUCAGUAUCCUCAGCGAGGAUGCGCUGUUUGAGCUGAUACGCGAGAGAUCGGGCGAGACAAAGAGUGUCCAGGUGGAUCAGAGUAAGAGUCCCAAAGUGAAAAAGGAGGAGGAAAGAAGCAGCAGCUCAAAGGUGAGGAAGGAGGAGGAAAGAGGCAACAACUCAAAGGUGAAAAAGGAGCAGGAACAGAGCAGCAACUCAAAGGUAAAGAUGGAGGAGGAGAAAAGCAGCUCAAAGAUGAAGAGGGAGCACGAACAGAGCAGCAGCUCAAAGGAGAGGAAGGAGCGAAAUAAGGAGGUGAAGAGCAGCAGCAGCUUCAAACAGGCAGACAACAGUCUCAAAGUGAAACAGGAACGCAAAGAGAAGGAGUCCAGUGUUAGUCCCAAGAUCAAACAGGAGAAGUUAGACUCCGCCAUGCAUGUGCCCAAAAUGGAGUCCAACAACAAGCAUGUGAGUGCUAUCAGCGAGAACAUGGCCUGGGUGGACAAAUACAAGCCGUGUUCCAUCAAGGAGAUUGUCGGCCAGGCCGGACCCGCCAGCAAUGUCAACAAACUGAUGAACUGGCUGGCCAAGUGGUAUGUGAAUCACGAUGGCAAAAAGAAGCCGCAACGUCCAAAUCCCUGGGCCAAGAACGAUGAUGGCAGCUUCUACAAGGCAGCGCUACUCUCCGGCCCGCCCGGCAUUGGGAAGACAACGACGGCAUCGCUGGUCACCCAGGAGCUCGGUUUCGAUGCUGUCGAAUUCAAUGCAUCCGAUACGCGCAGCAAGCGUCUGCUGAAGGAGGAGGUGGCCAGUCUGCUGGGCAACAAGUCGCUGUAUGGCUAUGCGAAUGGCCAGUCGCAGGCGGUGUCCAAGAAGCAUGUGCUCAUCAUGGAUGAGGUGGAUGGCAUGGCCGGCAACGAGGAUCGCGGCGGCAUGCAGGAGCUGAUCGCCCUCAUCAAGGACAGUUCGAUACCCAUAAUUUGCAUGUGCAACGAUCGCAAUCAUCCCAAGAUUCGUUCGCUGGUCAACUAUUGCUAUGAUCUGCGCUUCCAGCGACCGCGUCUCGAGCAGAUCAAGGGUCGCAUAAUGAGCAUCUGCUACAAAGAGAAAUUGAAAAUGCCAGCCGCCAAGCUGGAGGGGAUUAUAGCAGCGACCAACAAUGAUAUUCGCCAAACCAUCAAUCAUCUGGCGCUGCUCAGCGCCGGCGAUCAGCUGCCGGAGAGUGGACAACAGCAGACGGUGGCUGCCAAGGAUCUCAAACUGGGACCGUGGGAUGUGGUACGCAAAGUGUUCACCGCCGAUGAUCACAAGCAGAUGAGCAUCUACGACAAGUGUGAUCUGUUCUUCCAUGACUACAGCAUGGCUCCACUCUUCGUGCAGCAGAAUUAUUUGCAAGUGUUGCCGCAGGGCAAUCGUAAUGAGAUCCUCGCCAAGGUGGCUGCCACAGCGGACGCGCUCAGUCUGGGCGAUUUGGUGGACAAGCGGAUACGUGCCAAUUCCGCCUGGAGUCUAUUGCCCACCCAGGCUGUGUUCAGCUCCCUGCUGCCUGGCGAAUAUAUGUGUGGACAUUUUACGGGGCAAAUCAAUUUUCCCGGCUGGCUGGGCAAGAAUUCGCGGACUAACAAGCGCUCCCGCCUCGCCCAGGAGCUGCAUGAUCACACACGUGUUUGUACCUCGGCAUCAAGGUUAUCGGUGCGUCUGGAAUAUGCUCCACAUCUGCUGGCGAACAUUGUGCGUCCAUUGGCGCUGCAGGGGCAGGAGGGUGUACCCGCUGCGUUGGCUGUCAUCAAGGAUUAUCAUUUGUUGCGCGAGGAUCUGGAGUCACUUGUCGAGCUGACCAGCUGGCCGGGCAAGAAAUCGCCCAUGGAUGCCGUCGAUGGACGUGUGAAAGCGGCUCUUACUCGUGCCUACAACAAGGAGGUGCUGGCCUAUUCCUAUUCGGCACAGGCCAAUGUUAAAAAGAAGCGCGCAGAAGCCGCAGCCGAUGACGAGGAUAAUCUUCUGGGUCAGCAGGAUGAGGAUGGCGCCGUUGUGGGAGCAAUUCACUCCAGCGAUGAGGAUGAGGGGAAGGACGAUCUAGAGCUAGAUGGCUUGAUCAAGGCCAAAAAGAAGACGGCUGCUGGCGCUGCCAAAAAAGCAAGCGGAGCAACUGCCUCCAAGGCCAAAGCCAAGGCCAAGAAGUGAAUUUGGCAUUGAAAUGCAUUCAUUUUGUUCCUCAAAUUAUUAGUUUUGUAAGCAGGUCAUCUAAGAAUACUUAUGCAUGCAUAUUAUGCGCGAUUUAUUGCUUAACUUUUUUUGCACCAAUAGUUUAUUAAACCAUGAAAUUAUAUAUUUUAAAACGCGGUCUGGAAACUGAUGAACCCAAAAUCUAUCGAUUCGCGCGAAAAGAAAGUUAGCAAGCAGCAGCAGUAAAAGCAUAAAUUAUACUUUUACCACAAAUACAUACAAUAAAAUAGUGAUCCAUAUGCACUAAAGCCUUAUUAUAA